UCUUGUUUGAUUGAUAUGUUUUCAGCAAGACAAAAGAAGGCUGUGAAGGUCUUCCCUAGGCCUACAGCUGGACCUCUUCGUCCUAUUGUUCAUGGCCAGACCCUAAAGUACAAUAUGAAAGUCAGAGCUGGAAGGGGAUUUUCUCUUGAGGAACUCAAGGCUGCAGGAAUCCCAAAGAAAUAUGCACCAACCAUUGGCAUUGCAGUUGAUCAUCGCCGUAGGAACAGUUCCUUGGAGGGUUUCCAAACUAAUGUUCAGAGGCUGAAGACAUACAAAGCCAAAUUAGUUGUCUUCCCAAGACGCACUCGAAAAUUCAAGGCGGGUGAUUCUGCUCCCGAGGAGUUGGCAACUGCCACACAAGUACAAGGUCCUUACUUGCCAAUAGUUCGUGAGAAGCCAACUGUUGAGCUUGUGAAGGUUACAGACGAAAUGAAGUCGUUCAAGGCAUAUGACAAGCUCCGUAUUGAGCGAACAAAUAAGCGCCAUGUUGGUGUCAGGGCCAAGAGGGCUGCUGAGGCUGAGAAGGAAGAGAAGAAAUAGCGAGUUUUAGUGACAGUGGAUAUCUGAAUCAACUCUGCUUUUUGAAAUUGGAAUUAUUUACUUUAUUCUGUUUGAAUCGGUAAUUCUAGCUAUUAUAUUGCCAGUUGAAUGUAUGAAUUUUAAAAUUUUGUCGUGUCAUCAUUUCACGUGGAUUUGCAUUUUCCUCUAGUCCUGUUUCUAUUUUUUA